CUAAGUUCCAUCUCAAUUUGCAAUUCCCCCAAUUUCUAUUUUCAUAUUUACCCCUUUAGACAUAUUUGAAUUGAAUACUAUAAUCCCCUAACAUCCCCACCACGAUCUUACAGAUUAAACCACAACUCACACUUCCCAAUUAUUCUUAUUAUUAUUAUAUAUCUAAAACCCAAAAAGUGUACAUAACGUGAAAAUAUUUCAUCCCUUACGAUCCAAUCUUCCUCAUAUUCCCUUUUCUCUCAAUUCACAUUAAACAUUUUCAUGCAUUUCCAUGUUUCAAAAAAAUCCUCACUAAACUUCAAAUUACACAAAAAAUGAAAGUGAAAGAUACAAUGAGUAAGAGUUUACUCUGUUUAGCAGUAUUCAUUAUAUUCCUCUUUGCUUCUUUAUUCUAUACAGGAACAAUCGAUUACAGAUCAAGUUUUUCCCUAUUCGAUUCUUCCACACUGAGUAAACCUACACCUUGCUACACUGAAUCAGACCUUCUUAAAGUUUACAUGUAUGAUCUGGAAAUGAAAUACAACACGGGUUUGUUAAAAGGUUCACAUUAUAAUGCACCAGCUGUUACAGUCGAGACUUUACCAAAAUGGCCUUAUUAUACGGGUUUAAGGAAACAACAUAGCGUUGAGUAUUGGAUGUUGGCAUCAUUGUUGUAUGGAAAUGAUGAGGCGGUUAGGGUUUUGGAUCCGGAAUCCGCUGAUGUGUUUUUUGUGCCUUUUUUUUCGUCGUUGAGUUAUAAUACUUAUUAUAGACAUGGGAAUGAUUCUGAGGUCAAAUUUGAUGAUGCAUUGCAGGCUGAAAUUGCCGACUUCUUACAAAAGUCUGAACAUUGGAAGAGGUCUAGUGGUCGGGAUCAUGUGAUACCAAUGCAUCAUCCAAAUGCUUUCAGGCGUUACCGGGAGAAGGUGAAUGCUGCUAUUUUCAUUGUUGCAGAUUUUGGUCGUCCUCCUCCAACUGUUUCUAAUUUGAGGAAAGAUGUAGUGGCCCCAUACGCACACGUGGUUGAAACUUUUGAAGGUGAUAAAACUGCAGACCCAUAUGAGUCCCGUACAACGCUUCUUUUCUUCCGGGGGAGGACAGACAGGAAAGAUGAUGGAAAAGACCGUCAGCAAUUGAAAGACAUGUUAAGUGGUCAAAAGGAUGUUGUCUUCGAAGCAGCAGGAAUCUCAGGGAAAGGUGUAAAUGAAUCAACAAAUGGGAUGCGUUCCUCAAAGUUCUGUCUACACCCAGCAGGGGACACGCCAUCAUCUUGCCGCCUGUUUGAUGCUAUAGUUAGCCAUUGUGUUCCUGUAAUUGUGAGUGACAAAAUUGAGCUACCUUUCGAGGAUGAAUUAGACUACACCAAGUUCUCGAUAUUUUUCUCACGCGAGGAGGCAAAGAAAGAAGGAUACCUGCUUGAUCAGCUCAGGACCUUUCCAAAAGAAAGAUGGCUUGAAAUGUGGGGCUAUCUUAAGAACAUUACCCAUCAUUUUGAGUACCAGUACCCUCCGAAAAAGGGUGAUGCUGUAAACAUGAUAUGGAGGCAGGUGAAGCACAAGCUUCCUGCUGCCAAACUUGAUGUACAUAGAAACAGGAGGCUCAAAGUGCCAGAUUGGUGGAGAUAGUGCUUGAGAAGGUUGCUGGUAUAAUACUGUACAUUUGUAUACAUUCAUAGCCAACUAUCCCUUAAGGGGAACUAUCAAUCGAGCAAAGAUAGUAAUAAUCACGGCAUCUAGAUUAUUGAAAUAUUAUUAACAUUAGUUGAACAUUUCUGGGUUUUUUUUGUCCUGGAGACUGAGGGUUGGUUUUCGCAACGAUAGCUUACCCAACAUUUAAUAUGGCUUUGUAGCAUAUU